AUGCCAAGCAUCUCGAAGCCGUAUUCUGUCUUUUCAUCGAUAGCCAUGAACUGCAAGAAUUUCAGAGAGCUCAAGGUGAUGGGUCCAAUAAACCUCUCCUUCGUCCAGGUGCUCGUGCAGCUCCUCCCGGAUCUCAAAGUCAUCAGCCUCAGAUGCAAUUCCAUAGACCAAGAUGCACUCAUAACAAUUUUGGAUAAAAUGGAAAGCCUCGAAGUUCUCAACAUUUCUCAUUCUUACCUCCUGCGACAGGAGACGAUCAUUGUUAAGGAGCUUGACAAGACGAUAAUGAACAAGGCCUCGAAACUGAAACGAUUCAUAACUUGUAUGGAGCGCGAUACUUGUGUGAUGUGUCAGAGGACGGAGGAGGACGAAGGGAUCAUGAGAUGGUAUAAGUACGAGGAAGGGCUAUGGAAAGCAGACGAAGUCGCCUCCCUUCAUCUUUAA